GGUUAACGGAGACUUACACUAUUAUAAGACCUUGCAAAUUAAACUCAAUGGUCAGUUAUAAGGAUUUAUUAAUAUGGCGUUCUUGAAUCGUGUUGUAUCCAAAGUUUCUAUUGGAUCAGUGUGUAAACUGGUUUUUCCUUCCUCUUCAGCAGCUUUGACAUCAGGACUGUGCAAGAUAAAUCAGUUAAAAGACAAUGAACGUUUGAGAUUUUCAUCCACUGCAGCUAAACACAAGACAGAGAGAGUGAAAGUGCAUUUUAUAGAUAGAGAUGGUAACAAAUUAACAGCAAAUGCUAAAAUUGGUGAUAAUUUAUUAGAUGUUAUAAUAGAAAAUGAUAUUGAUAUUGAUGGUUUUGGUGCAUGUGAAGGCACCCUGGCCUGCUCCACCUGCCAUUUAAUCUUUAAACAAGCAGAUUAUGAUAAGUUGCCAGAUACCCCCACUGAUGAAGAAUUAGAUAUGUUAGAUUUAGCUUAUGGUCUGGAAGACACGUCCAGAUUAGGUUGUCAAGUUAUAGUUACUAAAGAUAUGAAGGAUCUAGAAGUUAGUGUUCCAGCUGCUGUAGCUGAUGCUAGAGGACCUGUAUGACCUUUAGGAAAGAAUCAGAGAUUUACAGAAAUGUGAAGUGAAUUUCAAAAAUGUCAAGUGAUAAAAAGUUGGAAGGUCAUUGCCUUUCAAACUAUUCUUGGAAAAGGGUGUUAUAGUUUGAACAUUGAAAUAUUCAUAUUGGUGUCCCUUUCAUUUCUUCAUUUUCUCAAAAAUCCAUUUUUUGGUAUUGUACUUUUUGAUGUAUGCGAAAGAUUUUACUGUUGAUAAAUUUUUCUGUUUGACAGUUUGCAAAGGGGCAAAACAUUUAAUUUAAAUAACAAUUCAGUAGGCCUCUGGUAUAUAUUUUAAAUGAUUAUUAACAGUUCAGACUCACAGUUUAAUAUAUAUAUUAAAGUAUAUUGAUGCAAAGAUAUUUGCACACAUCUUGGGUUCAUUCAAAAUUAUACAAGUCCGACUUAUUGUGUAAAAGUAAUGAAAAAAUAGGCCACUUGUACAAGGUUGUGCAUUGAUGUCUUUGCUGGAUUAUAUUAUUAUCAUUUUAAAGAUUCAGUGUAUUACAAUCAAAAAAAAAAGAUAUUAAUGCUCAUCCAGAUCUAUGUUAACUCUUUUAUUAUAUUGUGAUUUUAUUGAUUUUAAUUGUCUAAAAUAUAUAGGUAUACAGGUUUGUAUAUAAUUUGUAAUAAAUAAUUUUAUCUUUUGUAUUGAAA